AUGGCAUCAACUGGGAAGAGAAAGCAGACUGAAGAAGACCAGUCUUCCUACUCUCAACAGAAAAAGGCACGGACAAAUGAAGAUCAAGAUGGCACCGAUUCAGGGCCGAGUAGCGCUGGCACCUCCAAGCCCGAGUCGAAAGAACAUACAGAUCUCCAAACUCUACUGGAUUUCACCGCUCUCGAAAGCCAAGACGAGAUUUCUGCUCGUUUCGAUGCCAUUUCGAGAGCUUUGCUCCAUGAUUAUGUUCUCGUUGUGACUCGCGCUGAUGGAACGACGACGCACCUCCAAGUCAUGGAACAUGAAUUCUACCUGCAGAAAGCGACGUGUCAUGAAGAUCCGUUCGCUCACGGGAGCGAGGAGCAGAGGGUGUUGGGGCAAUGGUAUUUCCAUCGAGCGCCGAGGUAUUCUGCAGACUCGAAUCGGAGUCUGACGAGCAGCGACGCGUAUCGGGGUGGCACGCGUAAAGGGCUUGAUCUCACCUUUGGAAGACCUGCGGGCACGAAGGGAGAGGAGACGUUGUUGCGUGGAGGGAUACUGCUCCGCUCCAUCCGUGUGCUGGGGUCCAAGUCGAAGGUGGUUUCGGGGCCUUCGCUCCUCGUGGACCAAAUCCUAUCGUUCAGCGGGUCCAGCGGUAUACCCGAUCUCGUACAGACCAAGUGGGGUGGGGAUAUCUCUGCGUUCCGUGAGCGGACGGCUGGUGGCACGUCACUUUGCGUUGUGUCGAGGAGUUUGUUAAAUAUGCCUGCGUCAUCGACGAAACCGCCGACGAUAUACACCUCCCCGCGAAUCGGCCUCGAACUCUCCCACCCGGGAACGACAAGUCCCAAAAUCAAACCUCUUCACUCCCGCAUCCGGUUCCUAACCCGCAAAUACAGAUACUUCGUCUCCCCGCACGAGCUCAUCGCCAACGGGCGCUCGCAGACGUUCGUCGGGCUCCUCUUCCAUUUCACCCAAAACCAAAACCAAAAGAACAAAAGCAACUAUGCGUCGAUGGAUGAGGCGUUGGGACGGCAGAGUAUGAAGUUGCUUGGGGAUGUGUGUAGGACGAUGGGAUUGAAAGAGGGUACGGCGAAGAAGUAUUUGGCGGAUUUUAGAGCUGGGAGGGAGGGUGGGGAGGAGGUUUUGGAGGGGUUUGUUGGACCCCAGGGCAAGGGAGCUGCUGGGUCGCCGGCGUCCUAUUUGACGAUGGUGGGCGCUGUUUCGGUGGUGGUGGGGGAGCAGUAG